AUGGAGAUAGAGACAAAGCAGUAUCUAAAAUCACCACGACUCAGUGUUCUCGGUCUGCUCAGCACCCUCAGCAGCCCAAUCAGCAGCAGAGGAAGACUGAGCCCAGUCAGCGUUAGUUGGCUCAGCAGUCCACUCAGCCUCUCCGGUUUCAGCAGCAGCCUCGUCAAGGUCGGCACCCUCCUCGUUCUUGGCCUCCUGUGUUGGCUCUUCAGGGUCUCUGUAGAAGUACAGAUCUGGCAUAACAGCCCAUGGCUCUUCUCUGUUCAAAAGGGUACCUCUGAGUCUCAAGACUUCUCUAGCGAGCAACCACCAGAUCAAACCAGUGGAGUGCUUUCCCUUGUUGUUACAUGGAAUAGCAACAUCGAUGUACUCAGCUGGAGAGUCGCAGUCGACCAAAGCGAUCACUGGGAUGUUGACGUAAGAAGAUUCUUUGAUAGCUUGAGCAUCGGUUCUUGGGUCUGUCACGAUGAUUAA